ACAGAGGACUUUCAGUAAGAGCGCUGGAAACAUCUGGGAAGCUGGUGGACCCAGACAGGCUCAAGUGGGAGAUUUGGGGUCUCCUGGAGCCCCAUCUUAUCCCAACAGAGGAGCAGCUGUGCUUCUGCAGGCCCCUGUGGCUCCCUGACUGCCCACGGUGGCUGGCCACAUCUCUGUGCCUUCCCUUUGCUCUGUCCUCUGCCUGCAGCCCCAGAGAGGACCCCAGAUAAACCCCUCUGACCCUUCUGCUGCCAGCCAGCACCAGGCACCUCCCAUGCUCAUUUGAGUCUCACAUCCAUCCUUUGAAGCAGUAUCGCCCAUUUUACAUAUGAGGAAACAGGCUCUGAGAGGGGAAGCCUGCAAGGGGUCGCAUGGCUUGGAGGAACUCAGGACUCAACCCCGUGCUUUCUUCUCCGGAAGUGGCUGAGGGCUCUGCUGCCAGGAACCCAGAAGAGCCCAGGUGGGGGCUGUGGGGUACUAUGCCUCUGCUUCUCCUGCUGCUGCUGCUGCUGCUGGCACCUCUAGGCACAGCCUCCACCCAGGAGGAUGCAGCUAAGGGCGUCCCAGGCCCUGCCCUUGCACGGGGACGGAGACAGGUGGACCUGGAAGAUGACUUUGAAGACUAUUCCCAAGAGUACUACACAGACCCUCCAGAAACACUCACACAGGCCCCCGGGGCUGCAACUACAGACUUUAAGCACGUGACCUCAAAGGGCCAUGUAGUGUGGACAGGUUCUGUGGGGCUGGGAACCUCUGAGCUAUCCACUGUGGAGGCUGCCACGAAGCCAGUCACACAGCAGGUUCCAAUCACAGCGGAUCUAGCUACAGAACUGAGCUCUGUGAAUGUUUCUGCCACAGAGGCUCCACUCAAAGAGGAGGCUCUGUCUAUGCAACCAGCAGCCACAGAGACAGAGACCACUCAGCCAACAGCCACAGAGACAGAGACCACUCAGCCAGCAGCCACGGAGACAGAGACCACUCAAACAGCAGCCAUGGAGGCAGAGACCACUCAAACAGCAGCCACGGAGGCAGAGACCACUCAAACAGCAGCCACGGAGGCAGAGACCACUCAAACAGCAGCCACGGAGGCAGAGAUCAUUCAAACAAUAGCCAUGGAAGCAGAGACCACUCAACCUGCAGCCACAGAGGCCCUGCCCAUGAGUUUCACAGCCAUAGAAACUUUGUCCACAGAGCCCAUUGCCACACUGCCUGUGUCCACAGAGCCAGACACCACAGAGUUCUCAUCCAUGGGACUCACUCACACCAUCACCUUUCUUGGGCACUCUGUCACUCGAAAAGACACCACUGUGGUAGACAGCAACUUGUUCAACAUGGGCCUGAAGAAAGGGCAGGCUGUGCCCACUAGGAGCUCCAUGGCCCCCAGCCCCACCGAGGCCUCGGGGCGCAUCCCCGUGAGGCAGUGCCUGCUGGCCAUCCUCAUCCUGGCACUGGUGGCCACUGUCUUCCUCGUGUGCACUGUGGUGCUGGCCGUCCGCCUCUCCCGCAAGGGCCACAGGUACCCUGUGCGCAACUACUCGCCCACCGAGAUGGUCUGCAUCUCGUCUCUACUGCCCGACGGGGGCGAGGGGGGCCCUGCUGCGGCCAACGGGGGCGUGGCCAAGGGUUAUGACCUAAAGGCGGAGGGCAGGGAGGACCACGAGGGGGAUGACUUGACCCUGCACAGCUUCCUCCCUUAGCUGCCCGAGAAAGCCUGGCCCUCUCGCUCCUCCGCAGCCACCCACAGCUCUGGCUUCCUGGGAGACCCAGAGGAGAGGGGUCUGGAGGACAGGACUGCGGCCGCCCCAAACAGGGCCAAGAGUGGCCAAGGACCCGCAGCCACGUAGGCCCAGCCGGCAGAAUCACCUCCCCCUCCCUCCUGCCUUGGUGGAGCCCGGCUGUCCCCAGGCCAGGACCAAGGCAGGCAGCCACCCUGCCUGUGAGAUCCUUGCCCUUCCUUGUCCCAUGUCAGUUCUGGGGGCCUCUCAGUCCCCCAGAACUGCUGUCUGCUGUCCACUUCCCUCCAGGCCACCGGGUCCUCAUCCCCAGAUACCAAGGAAGACUGAGUUCCCCUACCCCCUUCCAGUUGCCCUGGUGGCCAGAUAGGAAGGGAAAGCUUGGGGAGGGGUGCUGAAGAGUGAUGGAUUCCUGAGGCCAUUUCCUUCCAUCCCCCAACCCCGAGAGGGGCAGUGGGGGUUCCUUGGGCACUGCUCUGGGAACCCAAGGAAGGCCUCAGCCUGUGGAGGCCUGGGAAGGUAGACCCUCUUUGGGACUGUGUGGGCCAGUUCUGUCUGGGGACAGUGAUUCCACUCUGCCCUCGAUUGCUUUCCUCUGUGGCCACGUUUCAGGGUUGGCUCUGUCCUGUUCUCACCCAGCCCAGCUUCAAUAAAUGUGUGAUGAAGGAGACACAGUGGCUGAAUCCUUCGCAGGGUCCAGGCUGCCCCCACCGGGCAGCCCUCCCUGCUUUCUCCAUGCUGCAGCCUGGUGAGGUGGGUGCUUCCCAGCGGCAGGUCCUCAGCCCCAGGCUCUCGGGGCCCCUGUGGUGGGCUGUUCAGCUGACACUGCCCUGUAGGCAGUGCAGCAUCUGGGUCCUGCUUGGGCAGCUGGAGAAGGUUUCAUGCUGGGAAGGGAAAAUGAGGGCUUACUUCACCUCCCCGCAGGCCCUGCUGCUGGCCUUCAGCAGUUGGUGCCCCCAGACCUGAAAUGCACCUCCACGUGCCCACACUGUCCUCCUGGAAGCCUGCCCCUCCCCACUAAUGCCAGGGCCAUCUCCUCCCAGGGCAGAGCAGCCACAGCAAGGCUUCCCUACCACUCAGAGGAGUCUUGAUGGGAUGGCAUCCAAAGUUUGGAAGGGCUAGGUGACACAAGCCUCUAAUCCCAGCACUCUGGGAGACUAAGGCGGGAGAAUCUCAAGUUCAAGUCCAGCCUGAGCAAUUUAGUGACUUAGCAAGAUACUGUCCCAGAAUUUUAAAAAUUAAUAAAGGGCUGGGAACAUAGCUAAGUGUGGAGGCCCUGGGUUCAACCCCCAGUACCAACAACAGAGAAAUAAAAUACAUAAGUAAAUAAAAUAAGAAAGCUUGGAAGGGAAGAAGGGAGGGGUGACAGAGGAGGGUAAUGGAGUUGUGUGAAAGUAAUCAUGUAUGUUAUAUGCAUGUACCAGUAUGCCAAGAUGAAACCCAUCACUCUGUAUAACUAAUAUUCACUAAUACGUUUUUUAAUUAAAAAAUUGAAAACCUU